GGUCUUUACCCAUAAACGGAAUUUGCCAAACGCCGCCUACGACGUCAUUUUGUGUUGGUUGCUGCAACUCGCAAUUCGUCAAGAUUCGGCUUCUAAGUCUCUAGUCUUUCUCCCAUGGAGAUCCAGAUUCCAGGCAUCUCCGAAUUCUUCAAAUGAACAACUUCAUAUCACGGACGUCCAAACUAUGAUACGCUCAUUCUGAAAUGGGGAGCCCCCUAUUCGCCACCGAGUCGCCUCUCUCUCUCCCGCCAGUUCCCACAUUUGCCGCCACAAACAAUGGUCGCGAUGCUGGAUCGUCCACCGGCUGCCAUGGAUUUUUGUACACCGGAUCCCUACUGGUCCCUUCUGCACUGUUCGUCUUGUACUUGGCGAUACACGCGAAGGAGAACCUCAAGAAGCUCUGGCAUGGGCGGUCGUGCAUCAUGCUGGCUUACUACCCUCUCCUUUGGGUCUCUGCCAUUCUCAAUCUUGUUUGGUGCUCUCUUCAGGCAUGGCAAUGUUCUCCUGGGAAGGUGGUAGCUUGGAAUCUUUUGUCGUUGUUCACAUCAUUUGGAAUGCUGUGCUUGGAGAUUAGCUUAGUGGCCUUCUUACUCCAGGAAGAUUAUAGUAGCGGCUUGGAAGCUUUAACACAUACUUUCAUUGCCUCGGGGCUCAUUGUUAGUGUGGAUACCCUUCUUAAGGCAAUAUAUGUAUUUGGUUUCGGGAUUCCUCUAUUCAUUGAUGGCAUUGAUCAAAAUAUACAUCGGGUGAAGUGGGGCUUGUGGAUUAUUCACAAACUAUUGCUUGCUGCUGUUUAUGGCUUCAUAUUGUUUGUACAUUACUCUAAAUGGAGAGAGAAGUUGCCUCCAAGACCAGCAUUCUACAACUACAUUGCUGUUAUGUUUGCCGCUAGCACCGUGGCAUGUUUUGCUUGUGGGAUUGCAGGAAGUGGAGCUCACUUUGGUCAUUGGCUGUACAGUCUCACAGUGAUCUGCUAUCACUCUUUCUACCUUCCUUUUCUUUAUGUAACCUUCCUUGCAGAUUUCUUCCAGGAGGACGAUUUGCUUUUAGAUAGUGCAUACUAUUCUGAGAUGAAAGAUGCAGGGUUCUUUGAUGCUGAUUGGGAUUAAGUCCAACAUCUUGUGAACAAAAAAUUGGUGGCUUAAAUUGCGCACUCUAGAAAAGACGAAGCAACUGGGAGCUUCAGAUGGUACCAUGAAUCCUCCCCGCUGCUUCUCUUUUUCAUCCAGUCCUUUUCCUUUUUCAUUUAUCAGGGAAGAAUGCUUUUACGAUUAAUCAUGAAUCCUUCAUUCAGAAAUUGACUUUGGGUUGCUUCUGUAUAUCAUGUCUGGAAUGUAGCCACUUGCUGAUUCUGUUCAUAACACACUGAUGUUAAAGGUAAAUGUUCAGUAGUCUUUGUCUGUUA